GAAUGCCAUGGCUGGUCUGCCAGGGGGCGAUGCAGGGCCCGGUGUGGGAGGUCCUCAGCAGCCAUCUCAAGGCCCUCAGCCCACUCAAGGUGGCCCCCAGCCGCCAUCUUCUCAAGCCCUGCUACAACAGGCCCUCCACCAGAGAUUGCUCCAGCAGCAGCAGCAACAGCAGCAUCUGGGCCCCGGUGGGUCACCGGCCCAGCACAGCAAUCCCAUGAGCCCCCAGCAGCCGCAGCAGAUGGCCCAGUCCCCACACCUGCAGGGCCAGACGCAUCCCGCAUCGCUGGCUAACCAGGUGCGAUCUCCACAGCCCUCCCCCCGACCGCAGUCCCAGCCGCCGCACUCCAGCCCGUCCCCGCGCAUGCAGCCCCAGCCCUCCCCACAUCACAUCUCCCCUCAGAUGCAGACGGGUUCACCGCACCCAGGUCAUCUGAAUCAGCACCACCCAGGCAUGGGGGUCCCUCCACAACAGCAGCCAACAACCCAACAGCAGCAACAGAACUCUAUGGAGCAGUUUGGGUCGGACCAGAGCGCCAUGUUAUCUCAGCUGAGUGGCAUGGCCAGUCUCCACGGACCAGGGGGAAACAGUCAGGACCCGCUAGGCCAGAAUAUGAAUCACAACCCUUUAGACAUCAUGUAGGAAUUCUACUAACGUGUCAUGUUGAGCUGAAACGCUCCGUGAUUCUUCGCACAAACUGCACUCACCCAGGACAGUGUUAUUGUUAUUACUUAGCCUUUCUUUUUUAUACUAUUAUUAAAUGUUAUUUAAAAUGUUUUCAAUAAAGAUGCAUUGAACUGAACUUCCUAUGGGAGAUGAACAAUAAAUCAAGCAGUCGUUAAAUAAAUUAGAAUAAAUGAAUUGUAAGUUAUUGCUGUUAAUAUAUUUUUUUGCCAAUCGUGGACAUGGAGGGGGGGGCGGUUUCUCGGCAGCCUCCUCACCUCCACAUCUUGCUGAAUAGAAGAAAGGUCAUAUUUUCGGGGGUAAAUAGGAGAACUUGCCUUUUUUAAGAAAUGUUUUUAAGGUUUUAAACGUGGUCAAGAUUAAAGAGGAAAUGAUUUAAUGCAAAGAACUUUUUUUAUCGGUUUCGUUUCCCAUCAUUCAGUCUGUCUAUUUCUGUUUUGCAGAGUGAUGUGGAUUAUUAUUAUUAAUAUUAUUAUUGUGAAUCCAAACAUGAUGCAUAUCCUCCUUUUUCAAAUGUUUGGGUUUGCUUUAUUUAUUGUUUUUCUCUUGAGGGGGUGGGGCGGGGGUGUUAUGUACCCUGAGACUGCUUAAAUUUGUAUAGAAAUAUAUUUUUGUUAUUGACUGUCGGGGGGGGGGGGUCUUUAGUUCUUGUUUCAUUUCGCUGUAGACGUCUUUAGUCGGGUGUGUCCAGGUGGGGAGGAUGAACUGUCAGUGUUUUACCGCAGCGGUCGGGGGUCUGCUGCGAGUCAGAGACGUGGGACGCGUCCUGACGUCUCCUCUGCGUUGGACAUCGGCCGUGCUGGAAGGGACGAAUCCCUCGCAAACAUGCAAGCCCUCUCCCUCGAAUGUGUGUGCUAUCCUUCCUUUUUAAAGACACUUAAUACGGAGCAGUGGAGGCUUGGGGAGGGGGGGUGCAUACCUGUGUGCCUGUAACAUUUUGAGUACAUGAGCUGGGACGUGGAGACAAGAAAUUGGGUGGGGUGGGCUCCUCUUAGUGUUUUUUAGGAUUCUGCUGUUUGGAGGAAACAGAGGAUUUUUGAUCCAAAUGAACUGUGUUGCACAGAAAUGAGGAGAAAGUCUCGGUGUCUUUCUGCCUCGGCCCCGUUGCUGCUUCCCCCGGACGUUUAAAUCCCCCCCCCCCCCCCCUCUUCUACGAGAAAGUCGAUCUCCCUUCCUCCUCAACUCCAUCUUUAUCUUUCUGAACUUUGGGAUUUUAAUUUAAUAUUUUUUACUGUACAAAGAAACACAAACUGUGGACUCAAAUACUGUUUUUUAUAAUAAAAUGAAAAUUACCAAUA